AUGGCCGAAACAGUCAAAAGGAUACCUGGCGGAAACUAUCACAAGGGACUCCUGACCAUACAGCAGAGUUGUGGCAUAAGCGCAUGCAGCAGUGAUACGGCGUUGGACAUGCACGUGACGAAUACACUAAACAGCUUCAAGCUGAUUGGUUGGGGUUUACAGGGAACGAGUGAGAACUACCAUAUCCACUAUCCCGAGAGCAGGAGCGCAACGUCUGGUGGGAACUUGUGUGCGAGUGUAAGUGGUGAUUGGAAAUCCGAUUUGAAAAGGACCCUGACAUCUCUGGCAUACAGGGGUGUGAGCCUGGCAACCAAACCUCUUACCAACAAGCGUCUUAAUGAAUCAACCAUUCGCACAAUACCACCUCACGCACAACCAGAUUUACAGGGUUCUAAGCCCGACUCAGAGGUACAGGUUUGUCCACAAGGCGAUAAAUUCCCAGAUGCCUUAGAGGGAUUCGGUGAGAAGUCGGCGCGGGUUGUCAUGACAACAACUAUGGAUACGAACACGGUUGGGAAACCACCACUGGGAGAUGGAAUCCUGUACACAUUCAAAGCAACACUCGAAGCUCACUCCCCGGGGAUAUAG